AUGGAAGUGGAAAAUGCUCACUUGCUUCCAGAAACCUCAACAUAUCCACAGGUAAAGAAACUGCAAGCCAUUCUGAAGCCCAUGAUGCUGAGGAGACUGAAGGAUGACGUUGGAGAAAAAUCUGGCUCCUAAACAGGAGACAAUCAUUUGAAGUGGCAGCUCACUAAUAUUCAGAAGAAAUACUUACCGCGCCAUUCUGGAGAAAACUUUGCCUUUCUUGCCACGGGAGCAAACCAGCACAACAUGCCCAACCUCAUCAACACAAUGAUGGAGCUUCGCAAGUGCUGCAAUCACCCGUACCUCAUUACAGGUGCCGAAGAAAAGAUCCUUGAGAGCUUUAAGAAAACCUACAGUUCUGAUGCUGCAGAUUUUCAGCUGCAGGCUAUGAUCCAGGCUGCUGGUAAACUAGUGCUUAUUGACAAGUUGCUGCCCAAACUGCUGGCCGGAGGACAUAAAGUGCUGGUGUUUUCCCAGAUGGUCCGGUGCCUGGAUAUACUGGAGGACUACCUCAUUCAGAGGCGGUAUACAUACGAGCGUAUUGAUGGGAGAGUUCGAGGGAAUCUACGGCAGGCCGCCAUCGAUCGCUUUAGUAAGGUAGACUCUGACCGCUUCGUGUUCCUCCUCUGUACACGAGCAGGAGGUCUGGGCAUCAACCUCACCGCCGCUGACACCUGUAUUAUAUUUGACUCUGACUGGAACCCGCAGAACGACUUGCAGGCUCAAGCUCGCUGCCACCGGAUCGGUCAAAGCAAAGCAGUGAAAGUAUAUCGCCUUAUUACACGAAACUCAUAUGAGAGGGAGAUGUUUGACAAGGCCAGUCUGAAACUGGGAUUGGACAAGGCUGUUCUGCAGGACAUCAACCGCAAGGGCAGUCUCAAUGGGGUGAGGCAGCUCUCUAAGUUGGAGGUGGAAGAUCUUCUCAGGAAGGGAGCGUACGGUGCACUUAUGGAUGAGGAAGAUGAGGGCUCUAAAUUUUGCGAAGAGGAUAUUGAUCAGAUCCUGCAGCGACGCACACAGACCAUCACAAUCCAGUCUGAGGGGAAGGGAUCAACUUUUGCCAAGGCUAGCUUUGUGUCUUCGGGGAACCGUACAGACAUCUCUCUGGAUGAUCCAAACUUCUGGCAGAAGUGGGCCAAGAUUGCUGAACUGGAAAUUGACUCUAAAGCAGAAAAGGAGAGUCUGGUGAUAGACACCCCUCGCGUAAGGAAGCAGACGCGUCACUAUAACUCGUUUGAGGAUGAUGAACUGAUGGAGUUCUCUGAACUGGACAGUGACUCUGAAGAACGACCCUGUCGCACAAGACGUCUCAGCGAUCGCAACAGACGCUACCUCCGAGCGGAGUGCUUCAGAGUGGAGAAAAACCUUCUCAUUUUCGGGUGGGGUCGCUGGAAGGAUAUUCUCAAUCAUGGGCGUUUUAAAUGGCACCUGUCGGAGCGAGACAUGGAGGUGCUGUGCAGGGCACUUCUGGUGUACUGUGUUCGCCAUUAUAAGGGAGACGACAAAAUUAAGAGCUUCAUUUGGGAUCUGAUCACACCUACUAAAGACGGACACAAUCAAGCACUACAAAACCACUCAGGUCUGUCUGCUCCUGUCCCUCGGGGUCGUAAAGGCAAGAAGCUGAAGAACCAGUUGAGUCCCCCUGAGCUGAAGAAUGCAGACUGGCUGGUCCACUGUAACCCAGAGGUUGUGCUUCAGGAUGACAGCUACAAGAAACACCUCAAACAACACUGCAACAAGGUGCUACUGAGGGUGCGGAUGCUGUACUAUCUGAAGGUGGAAGUGCUGGGGGAGGCUGCGAAUCAGGCUCUUGAAGGGAUCCCAGCGAGUAAACUGGAGGUAACCCUGCCUGAUAUAGACUACAUUGAGAUCCCUACAAUAUGGUGGGAUGCUGAAGCGGAUAAAUCGCUGCUUAUUGGAGUUCACAAACAUGGGUAUGAGCGGUAUAACGCCAUGCGUGCAGACCCUGCUCUGUGUUUCCUGGAGCGAGUGGGUAUGCCUGAUGUCACUGCAUUGACGGUAGAGCAAAGUGGAGCAGAAACUGCUUUAGAUGCACCUGAUAGUAUCAGCAAGAGUGAUGAAAUCAAAGAGGAGAACGAUAUUAAGUCUGAGGAAUUAGAAGAGAAAGUAGAGAUCAAGGAGGAACCCAUGUCAGAGGAAACAGGGAAAAAUGAUAAUACAAUGACAGGGGGUUUUAUAGGAUCUCUCGCAGCAGACCUUGUUGCAGAAGUGAUGGAGCAGGGACGGAUACAGUGGCCAGCAGGCUCGGCUCUUACAGCACGUCUCCGGCGCCUCAUUACUGCCUAUCAGCGUUAUACACGCCGUGAGCCGCUUCGUCAUGAUUUCCUCUUACACGAGGGAAUUGCACCUGUGGCUUGGCAAAUAGGAGAGUUUAGGCACUGCACUACUGAACCUGAUCCGCUCUUUUUGGAGUGGCAACGAAGGUGGACACGUCGAGAGCAGGCUGACUUCUAUCGCACCGUGUCGUCGUUUGGAGUAGUGUAUGACCCAGAGAAGAAGACCUUCGACUGGAGUCAGUUCCGUGCCCUUGCUCGAUUAGAGAGAAAGACGGACGAAAGCUUGGAGAGAUAUUUCCACAGCUUUGUUUCAAUGUGUCGAACCGCAUGUAGACUGCCGCCCAGAAAAGAUGAAGGUAAUGUGGAUACAUCACUGUUUGUGGAGCCUAUUACAGAAGAGCGAGCUGCCCGAACAUUAUAUCGUAUCGAGCUUUUGAGAAAGGUCCGUGAGCAAGUAUUACGUCACCUGCUCCUGGAGGCACGACUGCUGCUUUGUCGCCCUAGUCUGUACUUGCCUGUCUGGUGGGAGUGUGGCAAACAUGACCGUGAUCUUCUCAUUGGGGUUGCUAAGCAUGGCUUGAGUCGAACAGACUUCUACAUCCUCAAUGACCCCCAAUUAUCCUUCCUGGAGGCCCACCGGAACUAUGUUCAUAAAGAAAACCACAGAUAUCCUGUCCCGGGCUUGCCCCACCACCAUUGCUGCUUGUAUGAUGCCAACCUUGGGCAUUGUCAGUCCCCACAACCUCCAGAGUAUCACCCUACACCUUCACACCACACACCAACACAACUCGUCAAUACUCAUGGGCAUCGCCAGCCCACAGAAGUGGUGGCAUCAGAGUCUGGGAAUUCCCUAGAAAUAGGUGCAGGAAACAGGGAAGGAUUUUUGGAUUGCCCUCCAUUGGAUGACUCUCUAGAGUUGGGGUCUUUACAACAUGAAGGCUUGACAUCAGACACACUACAUAUCAAGUCUGGUAAAGAGGCCUUCAAUGGAUUCCCGUUCAAUUCUGCAACUGGUGGACAGAAUAUGCUAAAUUCAUACGGGGUCCAAGGGGAGCUAAAUGGGUCUCAAGGAGACAUGGCAGACUCCAUAGCUGGGAAACUUCGCAGCGAUGUUCUGGUGGGAGAGCAAGGGUCUUCGGAGGAGACUGGCUUAAUGGCUCCUUCUAUGGAACUAGAUGAACUUCAAGCUCCAUGGGAAAGCUCGGACCAUGCUGAAGCCUCUGACAUGUUCAACGAGACUGAUCCCAUCUUGGGAGCGCAAACUUUGGAACCCAGCUUUCUCGAUGCUCCUCAACCAGAAGAUGGACGUGAGGGUGAUGAAACGCUCACCGACUGUUUGAGCAUGCCAAGUUCGGACUCUCAAAGCAACCCUGUUGAACCACUGGCACCGAGCUUCAUGUUGUUCAAAGACCUCAAUGUUGGAGAGACUUCUGUGGAUCAGACAGAUCUAUCAGCCAGUCUUCCAGAAUAUGUUUCACCACCACCACCUCUUGGACUCCCGGAUGUGAGUCUUGACCAGACAGAUCCCAUUAGUGAGGAGCAAGAAGAUAGGCUUAGUGAUUCCAACAUCACACAUGGUGUUCCCAGUCCAGAAGAAGGAGCUGAAAGCUUAGGGUUUCAAGAUCUUUCCCCAGACAGCCCAAUGACAAUGGAUACUCAAGAUGAGAUUCCUUCAAUAGCAUCUCCAAGAGAAAAUUGUCUCGAGGAAUCCCAGAAAGGGGACUACAAGGUGCCAUUUGACGAUUCCAAUGGGGAUUUUAAAGAUCCUUGUGAAGUGGCCUUGAAUGAACUUUACAAAAAGCCUCUACCAGAGCCACAAAAAGUGCCUUUAGAGGAGUCUUACGAUUUGACUUGUGACGAGACCCUGCAGGAACCUUGUGAUGGGUUUCAGCAAGACACAGCAGAACAGCAGUUGGUGGAAGAACCCUGCAAAGAACCACCAGAGCUAAUAGAAGAGUGCAAUAUAACUAACACUAAUCUCCCAACAGAUUACCCUAUUCCACCUUCACUCCCGUCAUCUCCUAUUACCUUACCUGACACCUCUGAAUCCCUGAGCCUUGAAGGAGUCCCAAAACAAGAGCUCCUCAUGGAUCCAGUGGUGUCAGAUGUGAAGCCUGAGCCAGAUAGCACUACACAGACCCCUCACCUUGAGCAGACUGAGGUUUUGGAAGUAAAGGAAAAGAUAAAUGAUGAAGGUGCAAAGGCGCCAGCACUACUGGGAGAUGUUGAUGGACCACGCUUUGCAUUGCCCAUGUGUGAGAUGGUAGACAGUGUCCAUGAAAUAAGGGAACCAACCAUUGCUCAGCUUCUACAAGAGAAAGCUCUCUUCUCCUUCUCAGAGUGGCCUAAGGACAGAGUGAUCAUCAACCGUAUUGACAGUAUCUGCCACACUAUCUUAAAGGGGAAGUGGCCUUCCUCUAGUCAGCAGUACGAGUCUCCCACCUCAUUGGCUAACACCUGUGUGCCCAGCAGUGCCCACCAGAGGGCAGGGUUUCUGUCUACCAGAAUGCCUAUUUCUCAGAGCCUUAACUUUAACCUCCCACACGCAGUACCACACUUAGCAAAGGAGCGGUUAGUGGCCCCAGCAUUUCUUUCGGAGCUCAAACGUCCAAGACGUAGUUUUGAAUUUGAGGCAGAAGUCCUUGCCAAACCAAGCCAUCUUGGAGAAAAGAUCCAGGUUGGCUUGCCUCAUCGCGCUAACGCUCUCCUCCUUAAUGGCUGGCAGGAUGCCGCUAUUGACCUCUCCAAACCAACAGAGCUAACAGUUGGAGGAGACAGUGGGCCAACUGGUCAGAUGAGCCACACUGUCCAGUCAGCGCCUCAUAAAAUAACUGGGAUAGGCUCCAUACAAGGCUCACUGGGAUUGGAUAUGGCUGGCAUUUUGCAGGCUGGCCUGAUUCACCCAGUCACGGGGCAGAUUGUCAACGGCGGUCUUCGUCGUGAUGAUUCAAUGUUGAGACGGAGGAGAGGACGGAGAAGAAAUAUUGAGACUCCUGAUCUCAGCUUUAUAAAGGGACGAAGCGUGGACUUGCCUGAAAAGCAGAGCGGGUCAGAGAGUAUCAGCCACCCUGUUGUGUCCUCCACAUCCUCCCAGUCAGAAGGCCCUCCAGCCACCCCGACUACACAUUCUCCUCACCCUCCAGCAUCCUCUCCAGCUCCUCCUCCAGCCUCGGAGGCCACAAAUGUGAGCUUGGACAGGGAAACAGCCAAUAAAGGCCUAAUCGAAUGGCUAAGACAAAACCCCAACUACAACAUGGAGCUUUCUGCUUUUCCGUCUCAGAAUGCAAGCAUGUUGCACAGUUUCUUGGAGCGCCCGAAGCAGAGAAGGCAUCGCUGCAAAGACCCAACCAAGCUCAAUGUCAACUCACUGACUGGGGAGGAGAGAGUCCCAGUAGUGCACAGAAACACAGGCCGCAGGCUUGGAGGUGCUAUGGCUCCAGCCAUUAAAGAGCUCUCCAGGUGGCUGGAUGCAAACUCAGAAUACUAUGUGGCUCCUGAUUGGGCAGAUGUGGUGAAGCACUCGGGUUUUCUGCCGGAGGUCAAAUUCACACGCAUCCUCUCUGAACCUGUGUGUCGUUAUCCCGGUCCACAUAGGAGAGGCAGGCGACCCCGCAGCGAGAUGCCCAAAGCCCCCGAGCUCCCCGCUGGCAUGGGUCCGCUCUUCAUGAACGGUGGGCUCAUUGGCAGCAUGGAUCUGGUUAGCUUACCCAAUCUCCGCAAUGUCCCUGGCAUCUCGCUAACUGGUAUCAUGGGCUUUCCUCACGGUUUUGCCACUGCUCUACCAUCAGGAGAAGACGCCAAGAAUGGACUCAGCAUGCUGCCCAUGAUGCUUCACGGCAUGGCGGCUGUGCAGCCGUCCAUGUACAGCGCUCACAUGAGUGGAAUGAUGAAUCAUCCACUGUCCACUGCAACGUCCACGACGUCCACUGCAACUGCAUCCUCCACUACAGCGAGCGUGACUCUUACAAACUCUGCAACUAUAACCUCAACCUCCAAUCCGGCGGAUAGUUUGGAUUCUGCACUUCAGCAUGAUAACGCAAGCUCUCCAAUGAGCAUGGAGAAUGGGAAUAGGGAGGACAUAAAACAAGGGGAAGAGAAGAAAGUUUCUGCUUCAGUGUCUACAGCUGCGGCCACUAGCAGUAGUAGUAGCAGCAUCACAAGCACCGGUAGCCAUUUGACCUUUAACCCUUUUCUGAUCCCAGGAAUGUCACAUAGUCUGUUGUAUCCUCACAUGUUCUUGCCACCGGGCAGUAUAAUGGCACUGCCUGCCAUGACUGUAGCAGACAGCACGGGCAGCCCCAAGAGGAAGAGGAAGAAGGUUAGGGAGGAAGGACCAGAGGAGGGAAGCAGCAGUGUUGGUGUGCAUAUAGAUGCAGUGGAACUGAAGGAGUUUAAAGACAAACAGACACCCGAACAAAAGAGCCAAGAGGGCGAAAUGGAAGAAGGCAGACCUGAUGUAGAUUUAGCUCAGGUCAAAGAUACUUCUGAGGAUAGAAGAACUGAGGAAAAAGACAAAAAUGAGAUGGGAGAGGAACCUGAGCCAAGUGCUCAAGGCUCGUGUGACAGUGAAGCCUAGAAUGGAUCCUCACAUUUUGGCCGCAGUACUUUUGUGUGUGUCGUGUCUGUAAAAGUUUGUGUAUAGAACUUUGAUUAUCAACGUAUUGUUUAUAGACCUGCCCUUGUAAUUCCACUGACAUCUACUCUUCCUUCUGGGUGUGUGACACUUGAAGCAUGCAAACACUCCUGAAAAAGGGACAACAUCAUCUUUUGCAUAAUGAGAACGGCUACUCAAACGUUUCUGUCUAUUGACGGAGAACGCUCUUAAUGACCCCAGCGUUUUUCCCUUUUCAUAAGGUGUUAUUAACUAGCAUCUUUCACAGAUUCUCAGAAAGCGGUAGGAUGUUGGAAUUGUGCAAAAAAACUUACAGCAGUCUCACUUCAUAAUCAUGUUUCAGAUCACGCUCUUAUAGUUGCAUAAGACCUAGGUUCAUGUUUUGAAACAUUUCUCAGAGUAAUGUAAAAAAAAAAAAAAAAAACACUCGUCCCAUUGGUAGAUUACCAGCAGAGCUGCAUCUGAUACAGUCUCGAUGGACCACAGUAUUUUGUUCUUAGUUGCUUGCUGCUAUGUAUUCAUUUUAGUGAAGAUUUUAACCUAAAUCCUUAACAAAGCUAUAGGUGGCAUGAGUGCAACAAUGGUGAGUGCAAUGGAAACUCAAAUAGAGCAAGGCUUGAAAUUGAUGGCAAAGAACAAUCCUGAGAUUGAUUUAUCUUUUGUUUUGUUUGUCAUAUUGUUUUUGAUGUCAUUUCCACGUUUGCUUUGGUAAGAUGCCCCCUUGGGAUACUACUAAUCAUUUAUAGAGAUGGCUAUAUAUACACUUAGAGGUGCUGCAUAUUCAAUGGCAAAGGUUUAGUGCUGUAGAUGAGACUGUUCUAAAUAGUAUUGGUGCAGGGGCUUAUAAUACAAGUCUGAUGCAAAACAGGUGGUGGAACAUUGUGAGACUUAUGUCAUUCAAACAUGUUUGACAUUCUUCUGUGGAGCACAAACGCGGCAUGCUCCCAUUAAGAAGUGGCUAUCAAGCUUCAUAAAUGGCCAUGAAACCACUCCAUACGACUAUUUUCUGCAAAAUAAUCUUUGAAAACCAAAGUUUGAAAACCCAUGGUCAUUUUGGAUUUGUUAUGUGGGGAAGAGCAGCAUAAACAUUCUUUAAAACAUAUCCUUUCGUGUUCCACUGAAGUAAAGCAAGUCAUGGAACAACAUGAGGGUGAGUAAAUUAUGCCAGAGAGUUGAGUUUUGGGUGAAAUAUUCCUUCACCCAAAAUAAGACAAAAAUAUCUUUGCAAAUCACCAUUUUUUUUUUUUUUUUUUUUUUUUGCCUUGACUAAAGCCCUUUGGUUGAUGGGGUUGAAAGAAAGAUGUCAGACUGACUCGUUCUCCUCAUGGGUUACAUUGCUCUUAUUUUCUACGGUGCAUUUGAAAAUACUGUAGAGUAAGAUAUGAAAAUCUAUCUAGCUGUUUAUUGCCGUUACUAUUGUUUACAAGCACACAAUGUUAUUUUUUUCCCUUGCCAGUAUGUCUCAUAUUGGGAGGGUGUUUAAAAUAAUCAGCACUAGUGUUUCUUUUAUUUGAAAUAAUUUACACCAGUUGAUAACCAGAUAAUUUAACUUGUUUUCUCCCCCAGUCUCAACAGGGUCUCUCUUUUGUGGGAGUAUUCAUUUUCCACCUUUUCAUCUUUUUUUUUUUAUGUGAAAACAUUUUUGCACAGUCUUUUUGGUGAAUGUUUACCUGUAAUUGUGUUCCGUCUUGUUUGUUUGUGUGUGUUCGUGUGGAUGCAUGCGCACACUUGCACGUCACUUCCUGUACAUUUUGACCUAUGUAAACCUGUACUGUAAAUUUCUUGUCUAAACAACAACAACAACAACAACAAAAUCAUGUUCACCUUCAACAAAACAUAAUGUUGUUGCCUUGUCACACUAUUUGUGACACCAAGUUGUAAUUUAUUAUGCUCUUAUUUCUUUUUACUUUGCCAAAUUCACCAAAUAGGACAUUUCCCCAUUCUCAUCGCAUCUAUUUUGUGUUCACUUUGCAAUGCCUUAUUUAGCGGUUUAUAUAUGGAUGUUUGUUACAUCUUUAUGUUGGAAAAUAUAUAUCAAAGUACUUGUGUACAGUGUCAACGUUUUGGGAAGCAGUCUCAGUCAUACUAGUUCAAAUCUAGUUGUACAGAUACUGGCCUUGUAGAUUUUUUUUUUUUUUGUGUAAAACUUCAAAUCAUAAAACCUUUGAAAUAACGUAAUCCGUUUCCACUCUCAUCCAAAACAGUAUUGCAAAGCACAAAGUCUUAACUUUCAAAACUGUUUCGUUGUUAGUCUGAAAGCUUACCUCAGAUCUUUCUCUAUUGUCCUUACACUGCUUUCUGAGUAACAUCUGGUGAACAAAAACCCACAGACCUCAUCUAGACAUCUGGAUGAUUAUGCUAUCCUUACUUUUGACGUUUUGAUAAGUUCGUAACUCCAUUAAAGGCCUUCACCAUUUCAGGAGAAUAACAGCCAGUAUAUGUACAUCUGGAGAGUUCAGACUGUUAGACUGAGAAUGCUGCGUUGCUGGUUGUAAGUGUAUUGAUUUUAUAAAUGUACUGUUUGUUGGAAAUGUACAGUUUGAAAACACAACACUGUUAUUGGAAACUUAAAAACACUCCAGUUUAAUGAAUUUUUUAAUCAAGUUAUUUGAAUAGAAAGUCUCCCUGGCGCAAUAUCUGGGCUCAUCAGUGAAUAUAUAUUAAAUUCUGUGUCCUAGUAACAUUGCUUUUAUCUUUCUGCUAGCUGAAACAGUUUGGUUGUUCAUCCAAAAGCCUGAUCAAUUUAAAAUUCUACCUGUAUUUAUUGUUUUACUGUCUCCGCAUUGUCUCUGUGCAAUUGCAACAUGUACAUAAAAUUGAUGUCUCCAGGUUUUGGAUCUUUUCCUAUAUGGGAUGUCUACACUGAUCUAUUUUACUUUCCAUAAAAGGUGAACUGUUCUGAAAAUGGUAAUGUUGACUCAAUUUGUGUGUAUAAACACAUCUCUGGAUAGUUGCUCCCAGAUACUCUUGAAAGAAAAAAAAAGCCUUCCCAUUGGCCCCUUCCUCCAAGUUUUUUGAUGGAUUGUUCAAAAGAAGAUGAUUGUAGUAGCUUUGCGUAGUGCAUUUCCGAUGGGAAAUGAGAAUUGGUAAAUUUGUGGUACCAUGUGCCAGUGUCAUUUUGAUCAGACUCCCCAUUGAAUAUGUUAUUGUCAGUGUUUGCAUGUCAGGACCUGCUAAAAGACCAGUCACCAUGUCUGAGGCAGAGCAACGUUCCAUAUUUCAAAGUGAAUGCAAGUCAUGCUUCUAUGGAGUGUUUCUUAUAACAGCUAUGUAGCCAGACAGAAUAAAAGCAAAACUGCG